GCUACUGUCGGUCGAUGUAGCGUGUGGAAAUUAGAGUCGACGUGCACAGAAGAAAACAAGAGUUUAUAGAAUUAAUUAUCGCUUCAAACGUUAAUAUGGCGAAACUGGAGUUGUUUAACACAUAUCUGACUGAACGGUUAAUGGCAGCGGCUGUUGAGAUCACCUCUGCAGUAGAGAGAACAGUAACCAACUACCAGGAGGAAAUCUCCCGUAUCAAGGAGGAGAACGAACGGCUGCGACGGCUGCUGGAGUUCAAACCAUACGAACCGUUACCUGAAACAGACCACCAACAUCUCCCUCUCCUGGCGGAUAAAGGAGCUCGUCCAGAGAAGCGUUACUGCCAGCAGGAGUGGCGCCCCAGUCUGGAGCCGGAGAAGCCAGUGCCCAAACUGACUAAAGAGGAACCAGAGGAGAUAUGUGGGACAAUUCUGGAGGGCAACCUGGUGUCUGAUAACAAAGACAUCCUAACUGUGUGUGUGUCGAGUGACUGUGAGGGUUUGGAACCACCUCAGUCCCCACAGCAUGAAACACAAACUGUAGAGAGUAGAGAUUUACUAUUCAGUAACAUACCUGGAGAUAUUCAGCCAGAGCCUAAGGUUGAGGAAGAUUACAUAGACUACAUAAUAUCAGAACCAAGCAGUCCUGCAGCUCAGAGUGAAUGCAGUGCCAUCAGUGUGGAGAUACCUGUUUCAACAGGGUCAAACCCACGGAAAUCUCAAGGAAAACAAAGGGAGAAACCACUAACUGUUGAAGAUAGUCAUCCUUAUUGCUGCAACUUGUGUGAGAGGACAUUUAUAGACCUGUUUCUUUUAGUUAACCACCAGAAAACUAUACACACUAAGCAUGCUAAAGAAAGCUCUUCUGGUGUGUGUGAAGAAGUGUUGGACUCCAAAGAUAACCUGCCAGUCCAUUUGGAAACUCACACUACAGUGAAAGCUAGUACCCAAUGGCAAGUCCACACUGUACCAAAACCUAGUCCUUACCAGCAAACGCUCAGCACAGAAAGGCCUGUUUCUCGACUACAAUCUGCAGCCAAACAUACUUGUCAAGUUUGUGGCAUGUCUUUCCCUUACAAUCAUAAUCUGAAACUUCACAUGCGCACUCACACAGGUGAGAAACCUUUCAAAUGCAAGGUGUGUGGGAAAUGCUACCCAUACAAAGGGUAUAUGAAUGUACACAUGAGGCUUCACACUGGAGAGAAGCCAUUUCAGUGCAUAGAAUGUGGGAAGGGCUUCCCGACUAAGCAAUAUCUGUCCAAUCAUAUGAUGUUCCACACAGGAGAGAAAUCCUAUCGCUGUAAGGACUGUGGGAAAGGCUUUUAUCAGAAAGAAGAUCUAGAUAAGCACCUGCCAACACACCUACAGGAGAAACCAUAUGGUUGCUUAGACUGUGGCAAAUGCUUCAAAGACGUUCAUCAUCUGACUAGACAUAAAUUAGUUCACACAGGUGAGAGACCUUUCACAUGCACUGUGUGUGGACGAGGCUUCAGCAUCCAAAGUAACCUGAAAGUACACCAACGUAUUCAUACUGGAGAGAAACCAUAUCGGUGCAAACUGUGUGACAGAGGUUUUACUAGUGAUAGUGGUCGGAAGUAUCAUUUGAAAGCUCUUCACAAACUCUAAUGUUCCCUUUGAAUUGCAUUUAUGUCAGAAUAUAACAAUGAAACGUCAUGGGUGUAAUUAUUUGUUUUGGGUGCUGUGGAAUAACAUUUAUUCAAAUGUGUAUUCAAAAGUCCUCCUCAGUUCAUUUGUAGGUUUGUGUAAGUUCCCACCACUUUCCAAUAGCGGACUUGAAAUUAGAAUACGUGUAUUUUAUUAGCAGGAGCUACAAGAUAUUUACUAAUCUCACCUGAGUUGGGUUCUGGUCUCUUAUGAAUUUGCUGUCGUAGAGGGGUGACAGCAAUUAUAUCGCCCCUUUGCUGUCGCGGAGGGGCGAUAUUCAGAAAGGACUGAAUAUGAAAAAAAAAUUCCCUACAGAACACAAAAUGCUGAUGACAUUACACUUUUUUGUACUUACACUGUCCCCUACUGAAAAUAAUUUGCAUUACACUAAAAUUCUAGUUUAACUUCCGCUUUUUCUCAGGAGAUGGCGACAAAGACAGUAAUCCUGUUUUGAGUCUUUCUUUUUUUUCUUCAGAUGCCUAAUAAAUAGACAUUUGAUGUAGGUGUUGGGCAUUUAAAAAUGUCUGGUAAAUAAAUUGGGUUCCAUUAAUAAUC